CAUCUCUUCCCCCCCCCUCCCUCUCUCGCGCUCUCCGUCCUCUUCCUCUUCUUUUUCCUUUCUAGGGUUUGCAGCAACAGGCAAGCUUGGGGGAGGAGCUUUGGCGGUUUAGCUUCCCGUAGUGGGUAUACUGAUAAGCUUGAUUGGGGUGACUGAGCUGGUGGGAGGCUGAGUAUGGCGGUUUUUCCGCUUCCGCUUCUUGGGUAGACAGGGAACUAGGGUUUCCGUGCUGCUGACAGAAGUUUCUCUUUUUGGCAACGUUAAGAGAUUAAAGCUUGUCGAGUGCGUCGAACAUGCAUGGUGAUUUGGUUUUGAGUUUUUUUCCUGCACUGGCUUGCUUGGAAUCGUACUUCAAGAAUUGAGCUUUGGCUUUUCUGUGCUCCCUCAUCGCUUAAUUCUAUCAGAAAUAAGCAGAAACUCGGAAACUGGGAUGAGUGUGUAGUUGGCAGAUACCAAAGGGUGAAAAUGGAUCAGUCGGAACAAACCCAAGAACAACAGCAGCAACAUGACCAGCCUGUGAUGGGAGUGAUAGCUGGGACGAAUCAUCAUAUGGCCUAUCCCAAUCCAUACCAAACUGCUUCUCUGGUAGCUUCUGGAGCUCCUGCUGCUUCCCCGACUCAGCCAGCAGCUACCUUUGGGAACUCUACCCACGAGCUUGCGUAUCAGCAAGCGCAACAUUUCCACCACCAGCAGCAGCAACAGCAGCAGCAGCAGCUUCAGGGGUUCUGGGCUGACCAGAUGCAAGAGAUUGAGCAUACGACUGAUUUCAAGAACCACAGCCUCCCACUUGCCCGAAUCAAGAAGAUAAUGAAGGCCGAUGAGGAUGUCCGCAUGAUCUCUGCUGAGGCUCCUGUCAUAUUCGCAAAGGCGUGCGAGAUGUUCAUCUUGGAACUCACCCUUCGCUCCUGGAUUCACACAGAGGAGAACAAGAGGAGAACCCUUCAGAAGAAUGAUAUCGCCGCUGCGAUCUCUCGGACUGAUGUGUUUGAUUUCCUGGUCGAUAUCAUCCCGAGGGAUGAGCUAAAGGAGGAGGGACUCGGGGUCACUAAAGCAACGAUUCCACUGAUGGGUUCCCCUGCGGAUAUUCCGUACUACUAUGUCCCACCCCAACACCCUGUGGGACCUCCUGGCAUGAUAAUGGGGAAACCAGUUGAUCAAGCAGCCCUCUAUGCUGCACAACAGCCCCGACCUCCUAUGGCUUUCAUACCGUGGCCUCAAUCUCAACAGCAGCAGCAAGCACAAGAGAAAUCAGAUGCUUGAGAAUGGUUACUGCCUUUCUGGGGUAAUGGAAUGAUGCAACUGAGGGUCCCAUGAGUGUAUCUAUGUGGAGGUAAUUCGGUAAGCUAUGAUUUUCUGUUAGAGCUUUGUAGUUUUAGAUGGCUGCCUGCAAGUGAAAAUUAAGGUAGGGGAGUCUGUGUAUGGAGUCAUCUUGUUAGGUCUCUUAGGUCUUUCUUGCUCUGGCUUUUGUAAGUUUCAGGGGAGAGUAGGUUUUGUGAAAGGUAGAAGGUGUGGUUAAAUUGGUUUGUAAUGCUAAAAGAAACCGGGAAGCAAUGAUCUCGUUUUGCAAAUGGUUCAAUUCAGCAGAUGUUACUUGUUUGAUUUGAACUGAAAGUUACGAUCAAAACAUGACAAGGAAAAUUUGUGAAAGAUAUCAUGAGAGAAGGAAAGUGUAAGGAGUUGUGUUUGCUUGCCAUUAUGGGUGUAUCAAUCUUCAAGCU